AUGGAUCCGGGCAUAGUUGCUCGCUUAGCAUCGAUUUCAUCAUUGUCUUCUCUCAAACUGUGGUUCCCUGAUAGAAGUUCUUUUCCCAGAUCAGUUUCCGAGGAAAUUUUCCGUUAUCUGAUGGAUCUUGGAAAUCUCACGCAACUUAUAUGUUCAAUUCCAAUUUGGCAGGGUCAGAAAGAGACACAACUUUUGGCGCAAAUCCUGGCCAAUUCUCCAAAACUGCGCGACCUCGCGCUUAGUCCUUAUGCCGCCAACUUUGGGCAGCGCGAUGAGCAUCGUGAUGCCAUCAAAAGCUUCUUUUCAAAUGUUUGCGUCCAUUAUGCCAAGAUUCGAGAAAUCUCUAUACAAGCAUCAGAGACUGCACGCCUUUGUGAUGAUUGGGCAAUAUAUCGUCGCCUGUCUAUCGUCCCAUUGUUGUGUCUUGAGAGAUUGGCAGUCAAUGGCAGUACACUUACUUUGUCCCGAGACGCAGCAGUUGAUGGACACAAAAACAUUGAAAUGCCUGCAAAUAUCAACCCGCAAGUGGAGAAUUGA